AUGUCUAAGUUUGAUAGAACAUUUAGCAGGCUUCAUGUUAACUGGCUAGGAAAAGGAGUAGAAUCAAGUGUAGGAGAGUUGAAAGUGGGUGAAGAAGUCAAUGGGAUUGACUUUGAUGCUUCUGACAGUGGUGUAGGUUCUGAUUGUGAUGAUCCAGUUUCCAAAAGAAAAAUGCAGAUUAAGGAGUUUCAAAAUGAGCAGAAAAACAAUGUUGUUGAAACAAAUAGGAAUAUUAAGUUUUUUAAGAAUGAUUCAUUAAGGGUUAGAGCUAGAUGUUAUGGCCAUGUUCCAUGUGCAAAAAAGGAAGGAGGUAGACAAAGGCCUGUUAUAAAGAAGAAGGUUCAAACUGAAGGUUCAAAAGGUGAAGGUUCAAAAACUGAAGGUUCAAAAGGUGAAGGGGAGUCAAGUAAGGGCAAAAAGGUGAUUUCAGAGAAACCAACUUGUCCCUGGACCCUACACGUGUCAAAACCAGAAGGAAAGGAUCGUUGGACUGUGAAGACUUUUAAUAGUGAGCACACAUGCUUAAGAUCCAGAAAUUUAAGUGCAGCCAACUCCACUUUUUUAAGUGAACAUGUGAGUGAUAUUGUGAGAACCAAUCCAGACAUCUCUGGUGAAGCAGUUGAAGAUCAUUUGUCAAAACAGUUUGGAAUUAACAUUUCUAGGAUGACUGCUUAUAGAGCCAAGGAUAAAGCAGUUAAGAAGUUGAGGGGAGACUACCAUGAACAGUUUUCAUUGCUAAGGGAGUAUAUAAUUGAGUUGAAACAUAGGAAUCCAGGCACCACUGUUAAGUUGGAUUUUCAUCCAACCACAACAGAACAGUUUGAGACUAGGGUUUGUAGGAGAAUAUUUGUGUGUCUUGGUUCAUUAAAGAUGGGCUUUCAAGAGUUAGGUAGGGAGCUAUUGGGGUUAGAUGGGGCUUUUAUGAAAGGUCCCUACCCUGGUCAAUUGCUAACUGCAGUUUGUGUGGAUGGGAACAAUGGGAUCUAUCCUGUUGCAUAUGCACUGGUUGAAGCUGAAUGCAAGGCAUCCUGGGAAUGGUUCUUGGAGUGCCUUGGGGAUGAUUUGGGACUGCCCAACAAUGUUAAUUUCACAUUCAUAUCUGAUAGGCAGAAGGGUAUCCUUCCAGCCAUCAAUAAAGUCUUUCCUAGUGCAGAGCAUAGGUUUUGUUUGAGGCACAUCAAUGAAAACAUGAUUGCAAAAUUUAGAGAUGGUGGAUUGAGAGACCCCUUUGGUUUACAGCCACAAGAACAACACAUGCUGAGUUUGAGAAUGCAAUGGAGAGCAAAAUGUGACAUCCUUUUAAACAAUAUUUGUGAAUCAUUCAAUAGUAAACUAGUUAAGGGAAGAGACAAACCAAUCAUCACUGCUUUAGAGUUCAUUAGGGAGUAUCUAAUGAAGAGGAUUGUUAAGGUGCAAGAAGUUAUUGACACAUGUAAGGGUCCACUUACUCCAACAGCCACUGAAAUUCUUGAAACAAAUAAGAAGGAUGCAGAAAAGUUUAAUGUUAUAUGGAAUGGGGAAAACAGAUUCCAAGUUAAUGGGCCAUGGAAUGAACAAGUUGUGGUUGAUAUGCAAAAUAGAGAAUGUUCUUGCAGGAAGUGGCACUUGACAGGGAUACCUUGCAAACAUGUUGUUGUUGUUCUUUGGAAAAUGGAUAAGUUUGGUUAUGAUGUAGGUGAGGUUGAAGACUGGGUGCAUACUGCAUAUACUUUGCAAACAUGGCAGCAAGUGUAUUCAAACAAGGUUGAACCAAUUGUUGGUGCAACCUGCUGGGAAAAAAGUAAUAAUCCAAUGAAGAUUCUACCUUCUAAACACCACAAACAAGUUGGGAGGCCAAAAAAGAAAAGAAAGAGAAGCCAAUAUGAGAAUGAACCAAUUGUGAGAGGUAACAAACUGUCAAAGAAAGGGGGAACUAUUACUUAUGGAAAUUGCAAGAACAAGGGUCACAACUCCAAGACAUGCAAAGGACAAUCAAGCCAGGCAACUGAAAACAGGCCAAGAAAGAAGGCAACCAAGUCCAAGUCAGCCAUUUAA